UCUCAUCAUCUUUCUUAUUAUGAACUAAAAUAAAUCUUCAGAACAAAAGAGCCAUUUCUACCAUUUAUAAUUUUCUUUAUUACACAACUACAUGUUUGUGUGAGUGUGUGUGUACCCGUGGGGAUAUAUUAUAUAUAUACAUAUAACAUAUAUAUUAAGAGAACCUCUACUACUGUCAUUUAGCCUGCAAAACCCACAAACAAAAGGCUACACAAGUCUUCCUUCUCUCUCUCUCUCUCUCUCUCUCUCCCUAUCUCCAUCUGCUCUUCCUUUCUUUAGAUGGAAUGAUGUAUCAAUGCUUAUAAAGGUGUGAAAUUUGAUCCACUAUUCAAGAACCAGUUUGAAGAAGAAAUAAAAGAGAAAGAGAGGAUAUGGAGGUGGAGAAGAGGAUAGUAGUGAAUGGAGGCAUGAGAUUACCAAUAGGAUAUAGAUUCCACCCAACGGAGCAAGAGCUUAUCCUUCAUUACUUACUCCCAAAGGCCUUUGCUUCUCCUUUGCCUUCCUCCAUCAUUCCUGUCUUUGACCUCUUUUACUCUCAUCCUCUUACUUUCCCAGGGGAUCAAAAGGAGAAGCAGAGGUACUUCUUUUGCAAGAAGAAAGAAGUGUCAAGUAAUGAGCGUAGAAUCAAGAUUUUAUCUGGUGAUGGUUACUGGAAACCUAUUGGGAAAGAGAGACCAAUAUUUGCCUGUGGUGGAACAGUUGGGAUUAGAAGAACACUUGCUUUCUAUGAAAUAAACAAGUCUUCUUCUGAUUAUAACAAAACUAAAUGGAACAUGACCGAGUAUUGCCUUGCGGGAUUUGCAUCGGCUAAGGUGUUUGGAGAAUGGGCAGUGUAUAAUGUGUAUGAAAGGAAAGGAUCAAAAGCAAGAAAACAGAGGAAAUCAAGAGAUAUAGGUGAUGAAGAUUUGAGUUGCAGCAUCAACUUUACGGUUGGAUCCGAUCAUGAAACUGGUCCGCCACCACCUUCUCCUCCUACCUCAGCUGAUGAGUGAUUAAUAUCUAAGAGAACACGUUGAGAUGUGACAAAGCUCCUAAACCCUAACCUACUAGGCCACUUACGUUUUUGUCAAGCUAUUUAAAAAAAAAAAAAUCCACGUCUCUUGAUUCAUUUGUUUGAGAAAUAAGUAACAUGGGGCUAGAGAGCUUAUUUUGAUCUGAAAACUGUUGUAUUGUAUGAGUUGAGAUUGCCAUGCUUUCGUUGAGCAAAACCAAAUAUAUGUCAAACUUGUUUGUUGAUUAUUUUUA